UUGUUUUCCUACACAUUCAUCUCAGGAUCUCCUCUCGCACCGGAUUUCUUCUUAGAGAAAGAGCCUGCGAAAGUUCGUCCAAAAGCCACUCAACCCCCACUCAAUGUUGAUGAGAUUUUCAAGCUUCUCGAAUCUAUGCUAUCUGAAGAGCAUGUCAAGAGUAUCGGAGCAUCCUUUUACUUCAACUUAUCAGGUACGCGACCCGGGGCGUGGUUCGUCGAUCUGACCUCGGGCAAGGGUACCGUGGGUCGGGCUACAGGAGAUCGGGCAGAUGCGUCCAAAUUUGAUUGUCGUUUCACCACGACCAGUGAGAAUUUCGAACGAAUGAUCUGUGGUCAGCUGUCACCGAGUAAGGCGUUCCUUGCGGGUGAUUUGGACUUGGAAGGCGAUGUUUUUCUGACUAUGAAAUUGGAACAACUGUUCAAAGAGUUGAUGAAAACAACUGGACCGAGGCGCUAA